GCAGCAGCAGGAGGAGGAGGAAGGAGCAGGGAAGAGCCGGGAGCGGCAGUGGAGACCCUCGGGAGUCCCAUCCGUUCAGCACCGCAAGCCUCGCUCCAUCAGCCCCCAGCUCAGCCCCGCGCCCGCAGAGCCCCAGGAUGUGGUGGCGGAGGCUGGCGUGGCUGCUCCGGGGGAGCUCCGGGCGUGGGUGUCCGAGGAUCGUGGCGGCGAUGGCACGAGGGCACCACACGGCCCCGCAGCCCCUGCACUGUGCCUGGCAGCUGCACGGCGACCAUCUCGAGCUCCGGUAUGGGAGCACCCUGAUGCGCUUGGAUUUCGUGUGGCUGCGGGAUCACUGCCGCUCCGCCUCCUGCUACAACGCCAAGACCAACCAGCGCAGCCUGGACACGGCCAGCGUGGACCUGGCCAUCAGACCCCAGGCUGUGCGGGUGGACGAGAGCACGCUCUUCCUCACCUGGCCGGAUGGACACGUGACACGCUACGGGCUGGAGUGGCUGGUGAAGAACAGCUACGAGGGGCAGAAGAAGCAGGUGACACCCCGGAUCCUCUGGAAUGCAGAGAUCUACCGGCAAGCCCAGGUCCCCUCCGUUGACUGCCGGAGCUUCCUGGAGACAGACGAGGGCCUGAAGGAAUUCCUGCAGAACUUCUUGCUGUACGGGAUUGCUUUCGUGGAGAACGUCGCUCCCACCAAAGAGGACACGGAAAUCUUGGCAGAAAGGAUCAGCAUCAUCAGGGAGACCAUUUAUGGCAGGAUGUGGUACUUCACCUCUGACUUCUCCCGGGGAGACACAGCCUACACCAAACUGGCCCUGGACCGGCACACGGACACCACCUACUUCCAGGAGCCCUGUGGCAUCCAGGUGUUCCACUGCCUGAAGCACGAGGGCACGGGCGGGCGGACGCUGCUGGUGGACGGUUUCCACGCGGCGGAGCAGGUGCUGCGCCGGGCCCCGGAGCACUUCGAGCUGCUCAGCAGAGUGCCCCUCAAACACGAGUACGUGGAGAACGUGGGGGGCUGCCACAACCACAUGAUCGGCGUGGGGCCCGUGCUCAACGUGUACCCCUGGAACAACGAGCUCUACCUGAUCAGGUACAACAACUACGACCGCGCUGUCAUCAACACGGUGCCGCACGACGUGGUGCGCCGCUGGUACCACGCGCACCGCGCGCUCACCACCGAGCUCAGGCGGCCGGAGAACGAGCUGUGGGUCAAGCUGAAGCCAGGCAAGGCCCUGUUUGUGGAUAACUGGCGUGUCUUGCACGGCCGGGAAGCGUUCACGGGAUACCGGCAGCUCUGCGGCUGUUACCUGACCAGGGACGACGUCCUGAACACGGCCCGCCUGCUGGGGCUGCAGGCUUAGCCCAGCCCCUGGGAGGGGCAGGCAACCUCCAAUCCCACCUCUGGGAGGGACAGGCAGCCCCCCCUCCCAUCUGUGGGAGGGGCUGGCAUCCCCAAUCCCACCUCUGAGAGUGUCAGGCAGCCCCCAGUCCCACUCAUGGGAAGGGCAGGCAGCCCCCAGUGCCACCCCCGUGGUGGGACAGGAAUGCUGGUGCCCCUCCCUGUGCUCCGAGCUCUCCGUGCUGGUGCCUCCCCCUGACACAGACACUGCACAUACCUCAGACACCUCCACCCUCUCCAGGCAGCUCCCAGUGCCUGCUCAGGAGAGGGAGCAGGUGGAAGCCAAAGGUUUUGGGAGCUUUAUGGGACCGCACUCUGCCUUUGAGCACAGUCAGCUCUUGCUGUCUGUGCUCCCAGCCUGGCCUUUCCAGUGUGGCUCAGCUCUGGUUAAUCCUCACCUUAGGAAGUGCUCCUCCAAGCAAGUGCCUUCAGGAUUUGGAAGCUUUGCAUUGUUCCCUGUUCAGCCUUUUUUUUCAGCUGCCACUUUUAGGGGGUUUUUUAGCAGAACAGUGUGGAAAUCUUUGGGAUCUUCUCUUUGUCACUGAUCCAAGCCGUGCUGCCUGGAGAGAUCCUGGUGUACUCUGGGCAUUUCUGAGGAGAUGGAAAAGGGAAGCAGCAAGAUCUGCAUGUUGGGAAGCAGAGAUGACCAUGUUAGUGAGGGGUGGAAUUCCCACUUUUCCUUGACUUCCAGUACUGCCCUGCUGGUGUUCCCUCUGCCUGUUGUUUGUGUGGAGGGUGACACUCAGCAGCCACAGUAUUUGCUGACAAACUUCCCGCCGUGCCUUCUCUUCCAUCCUUUCUUAAGGAAUUUUGUGAGGUUUUAUCACAUUGCCUACUGCAAAAACUUUCAGGUAUGGUUUUUUACCCCAAAAUUUUCCUAUUCUAAAGGUACCAGAGCUCCCAGGAGAUGGGAGGGCUCUGGCACAUUGAAAGGCCACAGGGUAAGGAAACAAAAGCAAAUCCUUUUGUUACAGGAACGUUGGAAUUUCAGAACCAAGAGGGCAUUUUAGGAUUUGAUUAUUUUUCAUCCUUUUUGGGGUGUUCCCCCUGCCCUGCCCAGACCUCAGAGCAGGGCUGAGCCCCUCCUGGCUGUGCUGUGUGAGCUGCUCUGUGCCCACAGUGCAGGUGCUGAACUCGCUGCCCCCAUUUAAUCCAAACAUUGAAUGCACAGAUCCCAGUAUUUCCUCUUUGUAGGUUCUCCUUAGGUGCCAGUUCCACCUGCACAGCUGAGAGGGGAAGUUUCACAGCUCUCCAUUAAUCCUGUAGAAGCAGCAAACCCCAGCAGGACCUUGUGGUGUCCCUCACCCAUCCCAGCUCUGUGUUCAGAGAUGCUUCCACCCUGUGCUGCUGCUGAGGGAAGAGUUGGUGCCCAAAACAGUCUGUUGUAAAAAGGAGGGGGAAAAGGGCUCUUGAUCAGUAUUUGGAACCCUCCUUAAAUUCUUUGAGGGUUCCUGAGUUAUUUUCCUCCCUGUGCCCCCGGGAUCUGAGGGAAACACGGGGGUACCGUGGGACCUUCCCUUGGAGAGAUCAGCUUCACCUUCCCCUGCUCAGAACUCCGUGUUUAUCAGCUGCAGGCUGGAAAUCUGCUGGAAAUCUCUUUCUACUCCAUAGCACGAGGGAGACCCCACCAAAGGGUCCUGACCACGCUGUCGUGACAGAGGUGCCUUUGUGACAAGGAAUGUGGUGCCUUGGGGUGGGCUCUGCAGACACCAACCCCUUAUCAACCAGCCCCAAGCCAACCCCCUCCUCAGCAGGACUGUGUGACCCAUUUGGGGGAAAACUGUCCCCAGUGAAUGUAGAAGAAACACAAUUCCUCAUAUUUCAAAUCCUUUCCCCACCCCGUGAUAAACAGGGAGUGGGGAGAGCUGCGUUUCCAUCUGCUUUCACCAUCCCCCCACCUCCCAAGAGGGCUUAAAUUCUUCCUGGGCAGCUUGGGAGCAUCCAGAAGUUCUGUGAAGGAGCAGGAGCUGGGGGCAGGUGCCACCUGUCCCCUCCAGGUGUUUGCUGGGCUGCCGUGACAGCGGGUCAGGCUUUGUGAUCUCGCUUUUCCACUUCCUUCAGCCAAUAACUGAAUUGCUUUCUCCUCCUUCCCAGCGCUCUGGGGAUCCAAUGGAUGCGUUUAAUCAGACUUUUUCAAAACUAAGAAAUCGAGUCUUCGAAUAAAUCAUUUAUAAAAUCGUCAGCUUAACAAAA